AUGGCUGAGGCUGUGGUGAAGCACUUGGGCGCAGAGUUCAAAGCCUCAGACCUCAACCCGGGUCGCUUGGUGAACGCCAUGGGAGACAGCAGAAAUGUUGUCUCCCUGGUGUUUUCACCAAAGAAGGGGCUUUGUGGGGGGCAGCUGCUGCAUUCCCUCGAGGCAGCGCAAGACCCUGUCGCGGAGAGAACGCCAGAAGGCACGAGCCUCCGAAGCACCUGUUCUUCAGAUGGUGGGGACGGCUGGGAAGACGAGCUGGACUUGGGUGUUGGCUGCCUGAGUGGUGUCGCGGCCAACCCCUGGCACCUGAACCGCUCGGCGCUCAUCGAACACUUGUACGGGUGGAGCCAGCCUGCGCGUUUCGCAGAGGCCAAGCCCGUGCACCUGAACCGUGGCACCCUCGUCGACAAGUUGUAUGGGUGGUGA